AUGGAUAACAACCACUUCAACCCCGGAUACCAGCCUUACCCUGCCCACGCCGCCCCCAACACGCUGCCCCCGCAGCAGCAGCAGGCGCAAGGCCAACAACCACCCGCUGGACAACAACAGCAACCUCAGCAACAGGGCCAGCAACAACAGCCGCCGAGCUUGGCGUCGUUUGGAACUGUGAGCCAACAAGCUGCCUCUCAGCAACAACAGUCGCAGCAGCAGACCCAACCUUCGCCACAACACCCAACUCUCCCGCCGCUGCAAGGCCAGAAUGGCUACCCUCAAUUUGGGAACAUCUCAUACGCCCACCCUGGCAGCCAGUCGCAAACGCCGACGACGCCUCACACCCCAGCGACGGCAACCAUGUCGAACAACCAGCCGGGCAGCUACUCGCAGCACGUCUCGCCGACCAACACCACUGCGCCUGGCUCGAUGCUACCGCCGUCCUUCCCGAGCAACCCCUACGGCAGCAUGUCACAGUCCAUGAUGUACCCUUCAUCAACCGCGACAACGAUGCCACCGACCAGCUCGGCAGUCGGUCUCCCGACCAUCCGACCAAUGCCGCCUGGAGGUGUUGGUGGGGUUAAUGGUCUACCGAGCAUCGCAAGCGCGGGUCAGUUGGGCCAGCUUGGCCAGCAACCAUCCUUCUUGCAGAACGAGGAGGCACCUACACAUGUGGUCGGUUCGCAAGGUCGUCGCGGCAUCUUGCCCAGUGCUCCAGGCAGGCCUAACCCGCCUGCGCAGGGCACUGGUCAGACAACAAAGAGCAUGAUCCCGCAAAAGGACGCAGAUGGCAAAUACCCGUGCCCACAUUGCAACAAGACGUAUUUGCACGCAAAACACUUGAAGCGCCACCUUCUGAGACACACUGGCGAUCGGCCGUACAUGUGCCAUUUGUGUAAAGAUACUUUCUCUCGCAGUGACAUCCUGAAGCGCCACUUCCAGAAGUGUUCGCUGCGACGCGGCAAUCCUACCGGUGCGAAUCACCUUGCGCACCAGCGACGCAACACCAACAACGGCAACCGCCUGUCGAUCAGCCAACAAGAUGGCCCCAUCGGCUUGGCGGGCAUGGCCGAAGUUGGCGGCCAGCCUGGUUACAACGGCAAUGUGAUCAGCAACAGCCCAACUGUGAAUGGCGACUUCUCUGCUCGGUCGUCGAGAGCUAACAGCUUGAUCACGCCGGGCACGCAGAGCCGCCACAACAGCUUGGCUGGGCUGGGGAUCCUGGGGUCGAACGCCCCCAAUGCGGACCAGAUGAACUCAUCUGCUCCCUAUCAGCCAGGUAUGAGUGCCUAUGCUAUGCAGAACACAGCCAACGGUGCGCCGCAGAUGCCCAACAACUAUUCAUUCAACCAGCCACCGCACCUGAAUGGCAACAUUUAUAACGGCGCGCAACACCCCCAACAACCCCAACCUCAGCACCCGCAGCAACAGAUGUCUUUUUUAGGCCAUCAGAGCUCGCGGUUCGACAACAGCCAGGUCAACAACCACCAUCAGCAGAUCCCAAAUGGUGAUGGUAGCGGCGCCGAUUGGACCCGCAUGUUUACCCAAGGUGGCCAGGAUGGCUUUAUCGGCAGCCAUUCUGCGAACGCGAGCUCGCAAGGAAACACUCUUAUCAAGACCGAACCGGACGUCAAGCACGACUUCCGCAUGCAAAACGACUUCAACAACGAAUCUUUUUUAGGUAGUCUUUACUCGCACCCAAGUGGCUUUGGUGGCGAGGACGCAGGGAUCCCAGGAUUCCCGAACUGGAGCAUGGACGACCCACUGCAAGCCAAGGUGGACAGCUUGAUGCACCACUGCUUCCCGCAUGGCAUUGACGGCACCCACUCCACCACUGCUUCUGAGCUGAUGCAGUCGGUGCUCACCGUGGACAACAUCAAGCACUUCGCCGAGCAUUACACUUCAUACCAUGGACACUGGCCCAUUCUGCACAUGCCGACAUUCAAGCUUUCGGAAGCCAACAACAAUCUGGUGCUAGCUAUCAUCUGCAUCGGUGCUGUCUACAGCCCGAGGCUUACUGUUCAUCAAGUGAGGCAGAUGAUGGAGUUUGUUAAGGCGACAGUCCACAGCAACUGCACCAUCUACCAGCGCACGAUCAAUGGCCAAUCGCUCGGACUCGGCAACAAACCUUUCGAGGUCGAAGAGCUCCAAGCUAUGUCAAUGCUGCACAUUCUAUUCACCUGGCAUGGCGACCCAGCACAGAGGCAAGCGGCUCGCGCGGAAUUCCCUACUGUCAUCCUCAUCGCCAAGGCGAUGAGCCUCUGCCAGCAGGCCGCACCAGGACACUACGCUUACAGUGUCCUACACUCCACGCGCGGUGCUUCACCAGAGCAGGUGCAGGUUCAGAACUGGAACUGGCGCGGAUGGCUGGAGCAAGAGAAGCGCAACAGGAUGCUCUACCAUUUGCUCGUCACUGACGCAGCCAUGGUGAUGUAUUUCAAUUGCCCUCCACAGCUUGAUCCUCUGGAGAUUCGUCUGAUGCUUCCAUCUGAUGAUGCCGCCUGGGAUGCGACCAACUCGCAGCAGUGCGCCAACGCGCUGGGACUCAACGGACCCCAAGCUCAGGGCGGAAACAUGACCGGUACUCGCAAGCCUGUGCAGCCCACUUUGCGAGAUGCCAUGCGCACGCUACUGGACCCAUACGCAGCCUUCCAAGCCGGAUCGACCAACGUCUACUCCAAAUUCCUGCUUAUCCACGCUCUGAUCUUGCGUAUCAUUGCGUGUCAGAAGGCCUUGCUUCAGCCUGAUCAGCAGUUCCAACCGUUCAACCUCGCGUUCAACAGCAGCACACCUGCAACGCCAGUCUCGCAGGGCGAUUGGCUCGAGCAACAUGGUGGUGGCAGCGGCAAUAUCAGCGCCAACAACAGCGGUCAUGUCACGCCAAGCGAGAGCUUCAGCCCGACCAUGCAAACUUCAAAUGCGGUGCAGCAGGAGAAGAAGCGGCUGGGACAAGCACUCGAGAAGUGGAAGCGCAACUGGGACCACGACAUGGAGCUGCAGUACCCGCCAAACCAGGUCCAGCAGCGACGAUUUGGCUUCAGCAGAGACGGCGUCCACUUCUUCUAUCUGGGUCGCAGCUUCCUGCAGUCUCAACAAGCUACCGACUUCUCUCUGCCAGCUGACAUGCGCUUCAAGCGUGUCAUGGCCCUGCUCAAGCGCAUCAAAGGUGUUGUCGUCGGCGAUAACGAGACUAAGGGUCAAGACAUCGGCUCUGUCGGCGACAUUGACGAUCAAUACGGCCUGGACUCCUUGACCCUCGACAUGAAGCUUCUUUUCAAGCCAUACAACAGCCAAGUGGACAGUCCCAUCGCGGGCGUCCAGACGGCCGCGUCCUAA